GUGGCGGUGGGAUUUGUGAAGAUUAGAGUCAGUAAAGUGCUCUGCACAAGACUGCCUCCUAAUCCCGGUGUGAAAGGGAUGGGCAGUGCACCGGCUGAAUCUGACUUUCUGCAGAAAGCUGGGAUGGCAGAGGCUCCCAUGUCAUGUGAUUGUUUUGUUUCCUUGCCCCCUGGCUCUCGCGAUGACCAUGUGAUUUUUGGGAAGAACUCCGACCGUCCCCGGGACGAGGUGCAGGAGGUGGUCUACUACCCUGCAGCAUCUCACCCUCCAGGCUCCAUGCUGGAGUGCACAUACAUCCAGAUCCCUCAGGUGGAGCAGACUCACGCUGUCGUCCUCAGCAAACCUGCCUGGAUGUGGGGUGCAGAAAUGGGAGCCAAUGACCAGGGGGUCUGCAUUGGGAACGAGGCAGUCUGGACCCGAGAGCCCAUCGCCCCCGGAGAGGCUCUGCUGGGCAUGGACCUGGUCCGACUGGGGCUGGAGCGUGGCGACAGUGCCUGGGCGGCGCUGACAGUGAUCACCGACCUGCUGGAGCAGCAUGGCCAGGGCGGACAAUGCAAGGAGGAUCCGGAGCCCUUCUGCUACCACAACACCUUCCUUCUGGUUGACCGCAACGAGGCCUGGGUCUUGGAAACUGCUGGGAAGCUGUGGGUGGCACAGAAGGUCACAGAGGGCGUGAAGAAUAUCUCCAACCAGCUGACCAUCGGCGCUGAGAUCUCUGCAGAGCACCCAGAGCUGCGGAGCGUGGCCCAGGCUCAGGGCUGGUGGGACGGUGAAAGAGAGUUCAACUUCUCGGAGGUGUUCAGCCCUGAGAACCCACCUGCUAGGAUGGAGCUGGCCAAACAGCGCUAUAAGGGAGGCACAGAGCUGCUCCAGCAGCAUGACGGCUCAGUGACGGCUGAGGUGAUGAUGUCCAUUCUGAGGGACAAGUCCAGCGGCAUCUGCAUGGAUUCUGGAGGUUUCUGCACUACUGGUAGCAUGGUGUCUGUUCUGCCCAGAGACACCAGCCUGCCCUGCAUCCACUUCUUCACUGCCACCCCAGACCCCUCCAGGUCUAUAUUCAAGCCUUUUAUCUUCUCGGACUGUUCCACUCCAGUGCUGAGGGUGGUCUCCCCACAGUUCGGCCCAGACGACCCUGUCAGGAAGCAGCCUCGCUUUCAGAACCAGGUGGACCGCAGACAUGACCUGUACAAGGCUCACCAGGUGGCGCUCAACACCAUGGAGACCAACCCGGACGUGGGCUUAGCUGUCUAUGAGAUUCUGAGGGACCUGGAGUCUCAGUGUCUGAGUGAGAUUUCAGCCAUGCUGAGUGGAGAGAUACCCGGAGACGAACUGGGGGACUUGUUUUUUGAUUGUGUGGACACAGAGAUUAAGUUCUACCAGUGAGGAGCGCCCUCAGGUGGACAUCCCUAGCGCUCGCAGAGUGGCAGGAGAAGGCCCUGGGACUGUUAAUAACUCCGUGUUCCUUGUCUGAUCAGCCUCCGCCUCACUCACAUGACACACAUGCCUGACA